AUGUAUGAUGCUGAGUCUCUAAGAGCUGGAUACGCAAUCUUUGCAUCUGGAAUCAUCGUCGGAUUCGCAAACCUUGUAUGCGGAUUAUGUGUAGGAAUCAUUGGAAGCAGUUGCGCCUUGUCUGAUGCCCAGAACUCGACGCUCUUUGUCAAGAUUCUUGUUAUUGAGAUCUUUGGGAGUGCACUCGGGUUAUUUGGAGUUAUCGUAGGCAUCAUUAUGUCAGUCAGCACAAGCGACAUGGCCUACAAACUUUUGCCUUUACAAUUGACAGAACUAGCAACCGAGGCCUAA